AUGCAGAAGACAUCACUGUUGACUCAAACUCGGAAACAUGACCUUUCCAUAUCGGGCAAUCUACAGCAGGAGACGACCGAGUUGGAAAUUGGUGUCGAGACUGGACUAGACGUGUCAGUAGGGAUAAUUAACGCUCAGAAUGUGCAACUCCCAGCUGCGUCACCAGAUAUGCCGGACCUGCAAGAGCUUCUCUUCGACCACGCAGUUGACAUGCUGAAACGAUACCAGCAACAGAAGGACAAAGAGAAAGAUGCGACGCUCGUUAAAGAUGCUCAGGUUGCAAUGUCCCGCGUACUCAACACAAUGUCACCUCGCGCUGUUCAACACUUCACCCGCAAGAAGGAAGAUCAGCCGUACUCGGAGGUCCUGCAUGAACACGACGUCACCUAUCUGGCGCGCAAGGUGUUGCUGGACCGAGCAGGGCUGGUUGCCCAAUAUCCACUGGACGAAUUGCUGCCCAAGAAGGUCAUUAUGCAAGACAAGGUGUUCAGGAUUGUAGAAUAUUUGUGCCAUAUCGUCUGCAGCCCUCCUUACAAGACUACGGACCCUUCAGAAAACGAUUGCCUUUUAAUCUGGGCACAGGUCUUUGGAAUUAUAGCAGACAAGGUGUCGAUUCUGAGUGGCGAAAGAAUGCUUGAGUCGUCCAAACUGCUCAGGAGGCAGCAGGCGGCGGAAUUUGGCGACCUCUGUGAUACUGGCAGGAAAGUUGAUCUUGCCUUCGCGUUCAAGGAUAUUGAAAUCUCAAAUAUUGAGUUCAAACGGCCCAACCUUCCAACCCAGUCCAUUAUUAUCCAGAGCCGAAAAAAUAUUCGUCUCGGUAGGUGUAUCCAGGAGAUACAUAAGGGGUAUGGAGUGCAAGAUCCUUCCGUCAUCAUGGGAGAUGUCUCUGGGUCCGUGGGUAUGUUCCAUCAGCUUGCAAGGAUGGACGAAAUAUGGAUUGCAGGCAAGAUGGUGAAGUCGACAGUGCAAAUCCCUACAACCCCUGGAUCUUUGGAAUCGUUCCUCGAAAGCAAUUCAUUGGCCCUUAUCUGGAAUUAUACUGAGUAUCUCGAGCGCCAAGGACCAAGGACCAAACAAGCUAAGGAGCAUCACGACCGAGAUUCAGAGAUGGGAGCAUUUUCGGAAGCUGUAUCCUGUUCGCGACCAACUACACCGCCUCGGAAAGUCAAGCCUUUUAGUGACGUUGUCACCUUUUCUCCUAGCAAGAAGCGAGGCAUGUAG